CUCGAUAGUGUCACCAAUAGUUGUGAAAUAAAUUCCGCGUUUUGAAAAAGUGGCGUCGCUUGGCUGGUGAAAAAUUUUCUUGCUUUCAAUUACAAAACAAAAACAUAAUUUUAAAGAAAUGGAUCGCUUUCUCCAAAUGGGCAAACGCCGCAAUUCGAAAGAAACAUGCGAUUGCAGCUCAUCGGAAUCGGAAAAGAGCUCUGCGGUUACAACAUCUAGCCAUAAAUUGAAAAAGAAAACAAAAAUAUCUGAUGUGUGGAAUUACUUUAAAAGAUCAGAUGAUAAAAAAUUUGCGAAGUGCUUAAAUUGUGAAAAGGAGUACAAGACAAGCGGAAAUACGUCCAACUUGCGGGAUCACCUGAAACGGUUUCAUCCUAGUUUAAGGGACGAUGAAAGGAAUUCCGCUAAUUAUGGAGAUCAGGGCGACAGCAUAUUUCCACCAGCAGCAGCUGCCGAUCAAGUAUGA